AAUAAUAAAAUAAUCAAUUUUCCAACAAUAAAAACUAGUAAACCAGAAGAUAUUGUUAAAACAAUAAAUUCAGUAGAAAUAGCCGAUAUCAAAAAAGAUGAAAAUAUCGAUAAAGCGAUGGAAUAUUUGGCAAACGAAAACAAAAAUGAAAUAAUCAAUAAUUCAACAGUUAAAGAUGAUUUCAUAGAUGAGAGCGAUGACAAGAUAUUGAAUAUCUCAACGGAUGACGACGAUAACACAUUCAAUUCUACUGGAUCAACCAAGAGAGAAACUGAAUCUUAUAAUGAACAGAAACAGAAGAACAAAAAAGAAACAAGUAAACGGAAAAGGUUGCGGCAAUUAAAGAAACUGAGAUACCAAAGUGAUACUUUGGGAGUCACAAGAAAAGAAGAUUUUAUGAACGAAAGUGCGUGGAUAAGAUUUCAAAAUUUUAUCGACGAGACGCGGACGAAAUGCAGGAAGAUAGUGAACGAGAAUAGAAAGCUGAAGCAAAAAAUAACUUUUUAUCAAAACCUUUUGAAAUACAUGAACAAGAAGAUAAUAGCUGACAAAGUUAGCUAUUAGGAGUUCGCAUCGAUAUACGUAAUAACACACUGAUAAAGUACUUGGACAAUAUUUUGGCAGAAAACACGUAAAAUUAGAUAAAAUACGAAACCAAAGACUG